CUGAAAAGGAACUAGUAGUAGUCGUUCGGUGCGAUUAGACGGAUUAUCGGGCUCAUCGUUCACACAUUAACAGACAUGGAUGAUUUGAUAAAUCGAACGGACGAGGAUAUCUUGAUUUAAUUAUAAUUGGAUUUUUAGGAAGGUAGUAGUGCGCAAGGUGGUUUAUUUCCAGUGAUCGAAUUCCAAGUUAAGUGCAGUGUAAUUUGACUCAAUUUAUUGCAAAUUGGAAGAUGGCUGCUACUAACAAUAACGAACCCGAUUGCCAAAAAGGUGCAACUAUUGAAGCCAAAGUCAAACAUGAUACUCCAACAGAAGACAUUUUGAGGAAUAUGGCAUUUGAGAAAGUUAGAAAAAAAAUUGAGAACCUUCAAUCAUCAGUACUAAAUCAGUUUGAAAAACAACUGAACUUAGUGGCUUCAGAUGUAUUGAAAGAAGUGCGUGGGAUGUGCAUUCCUAAGGCUGGUCUUCAGGAAUUAUUCACACCAAAUGGCGACAUCAGUAAAAAAGGGAAAUCCAAAAACAAUGGCCAAUUAACAGAAAAAAUGUUUAUUCCUAGAAGUUCAAUACUCACUGAUCUAUUUGAAGUUCAGCACAUCAGAACAAUAUACCAUAUAUUUACUGUGAUUCUAAUUAUAUUGUUUUUGAAUACUGUGGUAUACGAUCUGGUUGCCCAUGGAAGUAUUAAUGUAGGUGUUUCUUUAAUUACAACCGGAUUUGGCAAAUUUCACAUUGCUUUACUGAUAUGGUCAUGCAUGGAAGUGUGCACAAUAAUUAUGUAUAAAUUUUUCAAACAUUGGGCAAUGAAUAGGAUAGAAAUGCUACCCAAUUCCCUCCAAAUGAAAUGUUGGGAUAAUUUCUACUUCAGUUGGCUUCUUCUGUACCAAGCUUCUUUCAUAUAUUUACCAGUUUGGGCUCUACUUAAAGCUGAUUUACCACCAGCAUCAUCACUAGUCGUUUUGAUGGAACAGGUGCGGCUAUUAAUGAAGACUUACGCAUUUUUAAGGCACAAUAUCGUAAAAGUGCGGGCAUUUAAACCAAAGUCUGAUGAUAAAAUUAAUGAAGAAUUUCUUCCUUCGAUCUCUACUUAUAUUUAUUUCCUAUUUGUUCCUACACUGGUAUAUCGAGACUCAUAUCCAAGAACUGAACGAGUGAGAUGGCGCGUAGUAUUCUGGCAUUGCAUGGAAGUCAUCGGCGUAAUAUUUUACAUCAGUUUCAUCUUGCAACGAUUUGUUAUCCCAUUUUUCCGGGAUUUUGGAAAUGGUCCUCAAGAAGCUCGAUAUCUUGUUUUGGCUGUUUUUGGCUGCAUGAUGCCAGGGACCUUGGUCUUUCUGUGCGGAUUUUAUUGCUUGCUGCAUGCAUGGAUGAAUGCUGCGGCGGAGUUGCUUAGAUUUGCUGAUAGGCUUUUUUAUAAGGAUUGGUGGAAUGCGACUUCAUAUGGUGAAUAUUACCGAACAUGGAAUAUAGUUGUACACGAUUGGCUGUACACUUACAUUUAUAAAGAAAUGUAUGAAAACAUUACACCAAGAAACAAGAUAUGUUCAACGUUGAUGGUAUUCUUCAUUUCGGCUGUGGUUCACGAAUAUAUCUUAGCGUUCGCCUUCAGAUUUUUCUACCCUGUAUUAUUGUUCAUGUUUGGAGUUAUCGGACUUUUAUUGAUUUUUAUCAAGAACGAGAAAAAUAGAUCUGCUGGCAAUUUACUUAUGUGGCUAUCCUUAUGCGUAGGAAACGGACUACUACUUAGUUUCUAUAGUAUGGAAUAUUUUUCAAGACUAAACUGCUCUAAUGAAAGAGAGGAUGAUUCGUUGCUCCAAUAUUUCAUACCGAGGUCGUGGAGUUGUCAUGGACUAUCAUUUGACCCAAAUUGGAAAUUUAGAAAUCCAUGGGAUUGAACACUUACUUUGUACUACUUACUUGUUAGUUAAAAUUUCUAUUAGUAUUAUUAAUUGUUGUUAAGUA